AUGGCGGCAGAGAAGCUCAUUCGCACGAGCUCACAAAAACCUGGCUCGCAUGCGCAGGCUGAGGCUGCAGCCGCAGCUUCAUUGAGUGGUGGAAUCGAGGCUCUCGUGAAGAUAACAGGCGAUAUUCCUCCGACACCACCACCUACAAGCCCGACACUACCCAAUAUGAGAGGAAUGGCGGCAGAGAAGGAGCUCAUUCGCACGAGCUCACAAAAGAACCUGGCUCGCAUGCGCAAGGAGGCUGAGGCUGCAGCCGCAGCUUCAGCGUCCUCGCCUCGUCGACCACCGAUGAUGUCCCAGAUGAGCGGCUCGAGUAGCUCGACACCGCAAUUAAUAGACGGUGUCCAUCUGCGGCAGACACAAUCGCCGACACCACCACCGCCACCGAAAGCACCCGAACCACACAUAAUAAUUGGGGAGAACUCGCAGCCGAUUAAUUUGCAGCAUAGUGCAAUCACGCGCAAAUUCUACUCUAAGAAACCGCCGCCCAUUGGUAUCGACGAAUAUCUAGCGCGAAUCCACCAAUGGUGCCCGAUGAGCACUGCCGUGUACCUUGCUACUAGCCUAUAUAUCCACCGCUUAGCCGUUGACGAACGAGCGAUCCCUGUGACGCGGCGGAAUGCGCAUCGAUUGGUUCUAGCGGGACUUCGAGUGGCAAUGAAGGCGUUGGAAGACCUCAGCUACCCGCACAGCAAGAUUGCCAAAGUUGGAGGCGUUAGCGACGUCGAGUUGGCGCGCUUGGAGAUUAGUUUUUGCUUCCUGGCGAACUUUGAGCUGGUGGUCAGAGAAGAUACGCUGAAGAAGCACUGGGAGGUUCUGAAGCAGGAGCAGCCAUUGAGGCUCAUACAUCCCAGUAUACCGAAUUUGUCGUUGAACCGAAAGCCCAGAGAGUCGGCGCACUCCGGACAGGAAAACCAAUGGAAAUGA